AUUCAGUUCUCAGUUUCAAAACAGAUUCGGUGCGGUGCGCUUGUGUUGUGCGUUUUCCUUUCUCGAUGUUAUUCCCUUCGGAUUUUACUCACUAGUACUAGUUUGGCCGAUUUGAUUUUUAUUCUGUUCAGUUGAACCGUUUUUUUUUUCGUUCAAUUUUUUUUAAUCGUUGAAAAAAGAUUGAGCUGAAAUUUUAGCAAGUUUGCAGUGAAAAUAACCGGCAAAUUUUUGAGAGAAACUGCAAGAGACGAGAGAACCGAAACUAAAAGUGAAACGAAACAAAUCAAUCGUUGAAGUGGUCGCGUUGUAGUUUUUUUUUCUCCCUCGUAACAUUUUGAUUCGUUUCGCAGUUGAGUUCGCGAAAAUAGUGAAAAAUACAUCAGAGAAAAAAAAUAUUGAAAGGCUCAACAUGAAUUCGUGGAAGCUGCUGCUACUUGAGCUAUUAAUCAUCGGCUUGAUGACAUCAGGAAUGUCGAAGCCAACCAACGAAGCCGAAGAAGAUUUAAACAAAGACUAUCAAGCCGAUGAUGAUGGCGACCCGUUGGAAUACGAUGACGAAUCCGACCAAAAUUCAAACCAAAAACUAGGCAACAGUGUUGAGUCCAAUGCUCCAGCCUUCUUUAAAUUGUCCGACUACACAGAAACAGUGAGAGCUGGCGAAUCAGUGACGUUGAAAUGUGAAAUUGAAAAUUUGAUCCCCAAAAAUGUAAUUCUAUGGUACAAGGGUGAUCAAAAGGAAACGCAAAAGAAUCUAUUCAUUUCAAACAACCGAAUCACACCGGACGAUCGAUUUGUUUACAGCGAAUCGGAUCAUUCGUUAACCAUCAACAAUGUUAAUGAAACCGAUCAAGACGUGUAUCUGUGCUAUGUGGCACCGAAUAACAUUACCAUGAAGGCAAAAUUGGUGGUGCUAUCCAAUUUGGAGGCACACAUCUAUGAAAGUAAUCGUGAUGUGACCGGCCGUUCAAUUACAUACCGUCAAAAUGAAACCAUUCAAGUUGAGUGCAAAGUGACCGGAGCACGAACGAAUAAUGUUGACUUCAAAUGGUCAGCUGGUGGUGUUCGUAUUACAUCCGACGAUAAUCUGAAGAUGAACGGUGGUGUUUUGACGAUUAACAAAGCAAACCACGAUCAUGUUCGAGUUUAUCAAUGCUUAGCAGAUAGCGGAAACGAUGGAAUCAGCCAUGCCAGCGUUACUAUUAAUAUUAAAUACAUACCACGCGUUUCUGCCCAUCGAUCGGUGAUUAACACGAAAGAAGGUGACAAUGCUGAAUUGUAUUGUGAUUAUGAUUCAACGACCGAAAGUCACGUCGUAUGGUACAAGAAUCAACAAAAAUUACAAAUCGGAACACACGAGCCACGAUCAAAGUAUUCAGUGAUUUACCGAGCACCAAAGUCACCAAACAAAAACACAUCCAUUUUGGUGGUGAAUAAUGUGAAAUCAACGGAUUUGGGUGUAUACGAAUGCCGUGUUGACAAUGAGAUUGGAGCCGAAAAAGUUACCAUCGAACUGACCUAUGUGCCAGAACCGCCAAAGUUGCACCAAGUCGAACGUGAAGGUGAUACGGUCAUCACUCAUUGGCACAUUCGCAGCAUGCAAAAACUUCAGGAAAUUAUGCUGAACUAUCAACUCAAAGGAGAAAGAGACUGGCUUCAAGAAGCUGUCAUCGAUCAAGAGCAAAGCAAAGAACAUACCGGCAUUUGGAAAAUCAAGCAUAAAUUGGCGUUGGCGCCAGGCGAUUGGCAUGUUCGUGUGAAAUCAAUGAAUACCGAAGGAUGGUCGGGGUAUUCAAAUCUGGAGGAUAUACCAGUUCCAGACAAAAAAAUGAAUUCAGCGACCACCACAAUGGUGUCAUCGUGUGCCAUUUCCUUCGCGGCGCUUCUAACUAUUUAUUCAAUUAAUUGGUCAACACGACUAUUUGGCUAGAUUGUAGUGUGCUUGAAACAGAUAAAACCACCCUUCUCCUCCCCCAGCUAUUGUGUAUAACAAACAAAUCUUAAUACAAAUUUAUUUUUAUUACUGUCUAAACUAUAAAUAUUUCGAAAUAAAUAGGGAAUGAAUGAAGCGAGCGAGCGAGCGAGAGUGUUUGAUGUAUAAGUUCAAUCGAAAUUAGUAUGAAAUUAUUUAAAUAAAACAAGAAAAAAAAAAUGUUAGGAGUUUAGGUCAUUAUUAUUCGAUUGAAAAGAGUUAUUAUGAUUAGGAGCUGAAUUCUAUGCAUAUUGUCCACGAUAUUCAUUUGUGGUUCAAUGCAAACCAAAAUCAAUUGAAACGCAGUUCGCUUAUUCUUCAGUAGCCGUAAUAGAUAAAAUCAAAUCACCCCAAAUCACCCACUACACACACACAACGCGCAUGAAUGUUUCAAGCACAUAUUUUAUUGUUGAUUAAUUGUAUAUUUAAAUUAGAAAUGUAUACCGAAAAAAAAGGAUGAAAAUAUGGCUGAAAAGCAAAUGCAGCGUCGAUAAUGAGUCGACGAGAGAGAGAGAGAGAGAGAGAGAGAGAGAGCCCAUCACGAUCCGUGUGGUUCCAAUAUCACAAGUAGUUACGAUAUCAUAGUCCCGGUAUCGAUGAGCGAUUUUGGGAAUAUUCAUUCAUGCUAAAAAGAAGCUUCCUAUCUUUCAGCUUCAUUCGAAGCGUGAAACAACAAGAAAAUGGAGAAAAAAAACAGAAAUCGAAAAAUUGAAAAACAGAAAUGGAAUGAAGCUUGAAAUGAAAGCAAAAAUGGAAUGAAUAAAGAAGGAAAAUUCUUAUAAGAUUUCUCUUGAAUGAGAGAAUGUAACAGAAGCCUAAAAAAGCAAAACAACUGAAGUGAAAAAUAGAAAAAAAAUUUUUUUCACUAUUUCCAGUAGCGUGUCGCUUCAAAGCCAUAAGAUAAUAUUCAUAUUAGUGUAUAACCAUUGAAUUUGAACAUGUCUUAAACUUGUGAGAGCACGUUUGUCAUUUGUUCUGUCGUUUGUCUAAAUGUUAUAUCAUUGUAUUAUAUAGAACAGAUUUGUGGAAGAAGAAAAAAUGGACACGAAAAAUAAGCGUCUAUAUUUAAUGAAACAAGAAACACCUAAAAUGAAGAAAAAUACACCUAAAAUCCAAAAUUACACUCACACAUCCAAACAAAGCAAACAAAAAAAAUUAACAGCAACAAUAGAUAUCUAUUUUAAUAUUAUCACUAUGCUGUACAUGUAGAUCUGUAAUAUUAAUUCGCAAAUAAUAUUCUUUUUUUGUAAGUGGAAAAUCUGAUUCAAUCCUCUCAUUUGACAAAAUGACACAGAGAGGAAAAUGAGGGGUUUAGAGCGAAAAUGUAAUAAAGAAAAGUUGAGCGGAAAAAUGUCGAUGAUGAAUGAGCGGAAAAGGGAUUGAGCUAUAUAGUAAACUGUAUAGUAAACUAUAGUGAACUAUAUAGCUAUCUCUUUUCAUUUGACAUUUUUCCUCUCAACUUUUCCUGUAUGACAUUUUCGCUCCAAACCACUCAAAUGGUCGGCAAAUGAAUGAAUGGAUUAGAACAAAUGAGAAUGGUUUUUUUUAAAAUUAUUUUUCUUCUUGUGAAUGAAUGUGUAUGUGUACGGAUUUUAAGGAUUCCGAUUUUACUAUGGGGACAUUGUCUCUUCAUCUCACUCUAUCAUACCAAAAUAUCUGAUUGAAUUGGGCUUGAAGUUCCAGUGGCUGAUAUCACAACAACAUGAAAUGGUCAUCGUUUGGUCCUAAGUCAAUUGAUCAUUGAACAACAAUCGACCAGAAUUUGUUUGACCAAGAACGUUCAAUCUGGUUCAAUCUUUGACCCGUUUAGUUUGAACAAUCUAAUGGUAUCGCAUGACAGCUUGAUCAGAAGUACGGUAGGGGCGUUGAAAAUUUCAGCCCGAAAUCCAUCGAUUGAUUCUAAUUUCGAUUGACUAUUGACAAAUUUACCGCUGUAAUUCAAUCAGAUCAAAUAUUCGCUACUUACCAUAAAAUUGUUUGUUUCUUUUUUGUCCGCCAAUUGUCACCGUUAAGGCUUCGUUCAAUGCAUCGAAUUCAAAUAGAUGAUGAUUUUAAAAAUUCAAUUUAAGGCGCAUUGAUUUUGUCGUCAAAACAAUUAAAUCAAUCGUUCAUAAGAACUUAUUUAUAGAGACAUUAGAUGAAUGUGAGUCAUUAGAAUUUAAAGAGAAAUUGUUACGGCCCCACAAUUGCUUUCCUCUCCCAUUCAUUUGUUAAACGCAAAAUUAGAAGAAAUCCAUAAAUCAACGAUUUUACAAAUCAAAUUAAUUUUCACCGAUCAAAGCUAUUGGGAAAAAAACAGGCACUGUGGUUCCUGUUUUGAAUUCAAAUGGUCUUGAUUGUUUCUACACAAAUGCCUCCUGCUCCUACUCCGUUUAAGAUAGUCUACUGCCAUUUUUUUUUAUUAGAAAAACAGAUUGUCGUGUUCCUUUUUUUUUCGCAAUUGGAAAAUUGAAAACCGAAAAAUUUUGCGCUGUACAUUUGCACCUCGUAGAGAUAAAUACAAAUUUGCAACGAUCAGACGUAAAAAUGAGCCACCAUCAUUUUCUAGUUCCACGGAGAACAUCAAAAGAAGAAAUCAAUUCAAGAAUUUCAAAAGAAAAUUUUUUUUUUUUCGUUUUUUUUUGAGGAAAAGAAUAAAUUGCAUCUAAAUUAUUGACAAUUUUCCCCAUGGCCAAGCUCCCCGCUUUUGACUCGGUUGAAAUUCUGUCGCAUUGAUCAUUUGCCAUACUGAUCAUACGAUAGGCACUCAUCUGAGAUGAACAUUCAAAUCUGGCCAUCUCCGAUAAAUAUAAAGUGGCCAGUUCAAAGUGAUUGAUCCAAAGUGAUCUGUCCUUGAUUCUCGACGAAUUUAACUUCAAUCAUUUUCGAUUGAAGAAAUGAGAAGAUAGCGGAGCGUUUGUGCUGUAUGUACUUUCGGGUUGUGUUCUUCAAAUUCUUUUGUUUAUGCAUUGUAUAAAAAUGAUGAAGCUAGAGAAACUCAACCCAUUGUCACCAAAUAUGCCUUCAAUAAAGACACAAAAAAUAUACUCUUUUUAUUUGGCUAUCAUUGGCGCGCGCGGUCCGAUUGCAUGCGCCAUUUCAAUGGUCCAGAGCGGUGCUUCUAUUCCGAUCCACCAAGAGAUUCUAGACUAAUUGAAUCGGCAUGAAAUCAACGUUUCGCCAAUGAAAUGCUGAAUAAAAAUUGUGAUACAUAGAUUUUUAUCAAAGUGUGCUUAUUUAAUUAACAAAACGAAUGAAAGAAAUUUGAAAACAAAAACACAUUAAUUAAAAGCGUCUACAUUAUAUGAACAUUUGUAAAUGUGUGAAAAAAAAAAACAAACGAAGGAAGAAGAAAAAACUUCAACAACAACAUAGAAAAAGCGAGAAAAAAAACCGUUUAAGCUAACAAUUUAGGAUGAACAUUGAACAUUGCUUUUCAGUAUAUAUAUAGUACCAUAGGAACUGCGUAAAAGUUUAAAAAUAAUAAAAAUUAUAUUUACAAUCUACAA